AUGGCGGAUGCAGAGGAAGCAUGCUACACGGGGCUAGGUCUAGGGCUCGGGGUGGAUGCGUAUAACAAUUACCAUAACAGCAAAAAAGGGGAGCCGAAGAUGGAUGGUACGCUAAACAUCAAUAGCAAGCGUAGGGACAAGCCGUAUAUGGUGAGCCUGGAGCUCUCCCUCUCGGUGUGCUCAGAGGGGGAUGAGGAGCACCAGGAGGAGGAGGAAGACCGCAUGGCUGUGGACCAGGUCAAAGCCAUCGCAGUCGGGACCUCUAAAGUCUGUAGCCGUGACAGUAUCGGUAAUGAUCAUGACGGGAACGAUAUCGAUGGGUGUAGGAAGAAGCUGAGGUUGACGAAGGAGCAGUCGGAUUUGCUAGAAGAGAACUUCAAGCUUCAUCAAACUCUUGCUCCGGCUCAAAAGCAAGCACUGGCUGACCAACUGAACCUGAAGACACGGCAAGUGGAAGUUUGGUUUCAGAACAGAAGAGCAAGGAGCAAGCUGAAGCAGACCGAGCUAGAUUUCGAGAAACUUAAGAAGAAGUGCGACAGCCUGAGCCAUAGAAACCGAAGACUCGAGAAGGAGCUGCACGACUUAAAAUCAACGAAAGACGAGCAGUCAUCACCAUGCACUGUUCAGCUUCCUAGCACGUCCCUGCUAUGUUCGUCCUGCCAGAAAAUCAUUGGUGCUAGCGAAAGAAAUUGA